AUGUCCUAUAAGAAAGCUGCUUUGUAUCCGGCUGCACCCAACACUACCCGCGGCAUUGCUACACACAUCAGUGCUAGCAAGGAAAAGAUAGUCUACGCAUCCGGCAAGUCCAUCUUUAUCAGGGAUAUCAGCAACCCUGGCCUUGGCAUCGCAUACUCCGGACAUGUCCACCCAACUACCGUUGCUCGGGUGUCUCCGACUGGAUACUACUGUGCAUCUGCCGAUAUCACGGGGACUGUACGGAUCUGGGACACAGUGGGAGAAGACCAAAGUCUGAAGGGCGAGUACAAGGCUCUCUCUGGACGCGUCAACGACCUCGAGUGGGACGGAGAGAGCAAGCGUAUCAUCGCCGUUGGAGACGGAAAGGACAAAUUCGGACAUGCGUUCAUGUUUGACACGGGAACAAGUACGGGAGAGAUCAUCGGCCACUCGAAGGCUAUCAACGCCGUGUCUAUUCGUGCUCAACGGCCGUUCCGCGCUGCAACCGCUGGUGACGACAACCUCGUCGUCUUCCACCAAGGCGUUCCGUUCAAGUAUGUCAAGAACAUCGCCACACACACCAAGUUCGUACAAGACGUGCGAUACGCGCCUUCUGGAGAUCACUUCGCCAGCGUUGGCUCGGACGGGAAGAUCUUCCUAUACGAUGGGAAGGAGGGUGACGUCCUCGGUGACUUCGGCGCGUCGCACACGGGUAGCGUCUUCGGCCUUAGCUGGAGUCCGGAUAGUAAGGCGAUCGCCACGGCGUCGGCUGACCGCACUGUGAAGCUUUGGGACAUUGAGACUAAGCAGGCAACCACUGCGUAUACACUUGGUACCGCGGUGGACCACCAGCAGGUCGGCGCUGUCUGGAGCGCACCGACUACCGUCGUGUCGCUCGCUAUGUCCGGCGACCUGAACGUCUUUGACACCCGUGCAGGCGACAAGCCCGCGAAGGUUCUCUAUGCCCCACAAAAGAGCGUCACAGCGGCAGCGCCGCUGACUAGCGAUACCUUCGUGGUCGGCACGGCGGAUGGUCGCAUCCUCUCGUACGACGCAGCAGGCGAUGCGGCACCAAUCUCUGGCACUGGGCAUAAGACGCUUGUCUCCGGUCUGGCCGUUCAGGGCACGGACAAGGUCUUUUCCGCCGCGUACGAUGAUACUGUGCGCGAGAUCUCCGCAGCCGAGUUUGUACCGGCAUCGUUCUCGACUGCCUCACAGCCACGAGCAAUCGCGGCUGCCCAAGACGGCACCGUCUUUGUCGCUGAGGCAAAUGGUGUUGAGGCAGUUCGCGCCAACCAGAAGGUGGCAGAGCUUAAGCCAAAGGCCGCACCGACAUCCAUCGCAGCUUCUGGCUCCCUCGUUGCUGUUGGUACCGAUGACUCAAAGGUCACUGUGUACAAGUGGGACGGAAAGGUCUUCAGCGAAGCGGGUAUCUUGACCAACAACAAGGGUGCGGUGAGCGCGCUUGCGUUCUCGCCGGACGGAAGUAAGCUCGCCGCGGGCGAUUCGAGUGGAAAGAUCGUUCUAUACGACGCAAUAGCCCUUUCGAUGAUAACCGCACGUUGGUCCUUCCACAACGCUCGUGUACUGUCGCUUCAUUGGACACCGGAUGGCACACACUGCGCUAGUGGCUCCCUCGACACGCAUGUCUACGUCUGGAGUGUCGCGGCUCCGAUGAAGAACAUUGCUGUUAAGAACGCUGUCCCUGGAGGGGCGAACACAGUGUUCUGGUUGAAAGAUGGCAAGGUACUCGCGGCAUCGGGUGCCGAUGCGUGCGUGAGGACUUGGGAGAUCACAUUCCACAAGUAG